AAGUGGACCUGUUGCCAUGACGACGGCGAGGGGUUUGGUAGCGUUGCCGUGCGCCGAGUGAUCUGCGCGCUGCGUGUAUGGAGGAAGCAGCUGCUGAUCUGAUCUCUGACAUUGUGUGAGGCAGACAUCUGAAUUAAACUCUGCCUUUACUCUCUCUCUCACACACACCGCUCCCCGCGUGACGACGUGUAUGAUUACCUCCUUGGUUUAAUGGGUCCAAUCAUUGGGAUGUCGCCAGAAAAGAAAACGGAAAUCCCGGGCAUGCAGGAGGAGCGGACGGGACUCAGGGGCGUCUGCGGCGUGGGGACCCUGCCCGAGGCGGAGUGCGCGUCCAGCCCGCUGGCGACGAGCGUGGACCGCGCCGAGGACGAGGAGCUCACCAACCUCAACUGGCUCCACGAGAACCUGCUGCAGAACUUCACCCUCGGGGGCCCCGAGGCCCAGCCGAGCGGCAGCCCCCUCUUUGACAUCGAGGGAGACUACAAGCCCGACCAGGGCCCUUCGUCGUCCUCGUCGUCGCAGAACCGGGGCAGGGACCGGGACUCGCUGAAAUCCAAGCCCCCCUUCUCCUUCUCCCUCCUCAUCUACAUGGCCAUCGAGCAGUCUCCCAGCAAGUCGCUGCCUGUCAAAGAGAUCUACGGCUGGAUCCUGGAGCACUUCCCUUACUUCUCCAACGCUCCCACGGGCUGGAAGAACUCAGUCCGACACAACUUGUCUCUAAAUAAAUGCUUCCGCAAGGUCGACAGGAGUUUGGGGAAGGCGAACGGAAAAGGUUCCCUCUGGUGUGUUGACCCCGAGUAUCGGCCCAACCUAAUCCAAGCUCUAAAGAAGCAGCACUUCCCAGCCGUACAUGCCUUCUGCACGCCACCCGCCUCCCCGCCCAGUGCCUCCUCGCCUCCUCGCCACCUCUUUCUACAAGGCUGCUCGUUCAAAGAGUCUGACAUUGAUGCUGCCACUGCCAUGAUGCUCUUAAACUCUGCCCCUGGGCACCACGUUGACCCAUGUAACUCCGACGUCCCGCUGGACCUCUCCCGGCCCGACUCUGUCCUGGUGAGCAGCGACCCCAAGCAGGACCACAACUACAGCAGCGCCGCCCUCCAGCGCUGCUCCUCCCGCUCCUCCUCCUCCUCCCUCUCCUCCCUGGACGAGGGCGGCUGCGAGCGCCGGCAGUCCCGGCGCGCCGGCAGCGAGGGUUUCCACAGUGACGAGGACUCCGACCUCUGGGACGAGCGGGCCGUCCGGCAGACUCCUCGGCGUCCGGCCGCCAUCAAGUGGCCCAUCAGCAAGCGGCCGCGGCGCGAGGCCAAGCCGGAGCUGGACGAGGAGCUGAAGGAGGCGGCGGGCUCGUUGCUGCACCUCGCCGGUAUACGCAGCUGCACGGAGGGCUCCAAACGCACUGUCAAGAGCACAAAACUUCACAGGAAAUGAAGUUCCCUUCGCCCCCCCACCCCCCCUACCCUACCCCACCCCGAUAAAAGACUCCGGACCCGGUGAAUCCUGACCCCUGAUCGUGUGCCCCAGUGUGCCUCCUUCUCCUCACCUGAUCGUUCACUGGCCAUUUUGAGCCUCUCUCGGUUGGGAGCGUCCUUUUCCAGCUAACAAAUGGCAAUAGUAUCGUUCACACAGGAGAACAAAGCCAUAUAGAGUAACUCGGGGGGGUGGUGGGGUGGGGGGGGAUGUUUUUGGGCUGUGGAGAACCGUCAAGAAGAUACCUAUCCAAAACCACCUGCCUGCUUUUUUUUUUUUGUUUGUUUUUUGUUUGUUUUUGUUUGUUUUUUUGUCAGAUUUAGAAGACUGUGAUUCAAGGAUCUCUUUCAAAGACGGGAAAAAAAAAGAAAAGAAAAAAAACGGGGAAAAAAAAAAAAGCUGAAGGUUUUUAUAACUCAAAGCGUUGCAUGCUUCCUCCUGUAUCCUCUUCCAAGUGAAUCUAUUUAUGAAGCGAAUGAGUGCAUGUUUGUAACAGACAGAACCUAACCUCCUGGUGUUAUCAGUUUCUCCUCUUUGUGCUCCGAGACAAACAAACAAACAGAAAAAAAACCCCCGAAAUUAAUGCCAUUAUUGGGAAAAAGCAAGUCUUGCUUUUGAAUUCCUCUUAAAAACACGCAAUAAUGAAUCCACAACCUUAACUUUUUUAUUUUUUGUUCUUCUUUUUUUCUUUUUUUUUUGAUACCCCGCCCCGUGACGCCAUUUCUGUUUCACAGUCGACCGUGCCAGUUCGGUUUUCCCACUGAAACGAAGGAACGGAGGGGUAUUAAGAGCACGCCGUGCGAUCCGCUUACUGCACAAGACCCGCGGCUCCUUUUCAGGACGUGAACAUAGUAUUUCUCUGCAACUGCCAAAUUUAGCCCCGUACUUAGCAGUAGCUGCUUUGUGCUAAACUAUUUUAUUGUGUGAGCCCGCGGGCCCCACAGGUUGCGUCGGUCCGUGCCCGUGUGGCCGCCCCUGAUCUGCUCCCUAAUCCCGAGUCGACGGCUCUUAAAGGGCCAAAAUCGGUGAGGCGCGCGCGGUUGUUGCCAAACGUUUUUUUUUCUGUGCCACUGACUUAAGGGGAGGGUGGGGGGGGCUUAUGGUUCAGGUUUUUGUUCGGGUGCCUCUUGAUAAAUUCCAAGACCGUCAAGAAAUGAAAUGUGUUUGUAGAUUAAAUCCACACAGAGCGACGUAGUUUUACCCAAAGUUCAGUUCUCAAAAUGUUGCAUAAUAACCAAUAAGUAAAGGAUUGUUUUGUACAGAAAGCUGCUUUUUGCGUAAACUACUGCAGCGCGGCGUGGAGGCUGAGGAGCUCCUCUAGUGUUUGAAUUUCUGCCAAACCACACUGUUGCUGUUGCACCUCUCCGUACCGUAGUUUCUCCUUCCACCUAACUUUCCAUUGCCACGGAUACAGAGCUCUGCGAAUGGCCAGCCGCUCUGGCUCCGCCCCCUUUUUUCUGACCGUCUGCUGGACAGCUGUCGACUCGACGCGAAUGUGUGGCGUCAACAUUUCUAUAUGAAGUUUCUUUAAAUGUUUUGAGGAACAGAAUUUUGGUUUUCGUUUAGUUGUUAACCCUAAUCUUGAAAAAGGGACAGAAAUUAAAGGCAUAAAACACAUCGCUCUGUGUGAAAUCUAUAUAGCCCGACUUGAGCGUUUUCGCUUAGAUUGCUGAAAUAAAUCAGCUUUUCACCGAUGGUCUGAAUUAUUGAGACGAUACCUGUAAUUUCCUCGCUGCCACACUGUAGUCAAGUUUUCCGUGAUCAAGUUAACGGGAAUCUUGGUUGGUUGUUUUAUUUAAUUUAAAAAAUUUUUAUGCCACUUUAGAGUGGGGAACCGUCAAUUGAGGUAAAAGCUGCGGUUCCCAGAAACUAAUACUUGCGUACACUGGUCUUGUUUAGCUGUGAAAACGACGAACGAAUUGUCCGUUCGUUGAAUCAUCUCCUUAUUUAUAACUUUUAAUUUAUGGGAUAUUUGAAUGCAUACUCUAUCAAACACUGGUCAUGUGAAAAAAGAUGACUUAAGCACAUUUCUUUCCUUUUACUCUGUGAAGUCUUGAGUAUUCUUUUCCUUGUUUAUUUUACAGCAAUACUUUUUAUUUUUUAAUUUUCUCUUCUUGUUACAGUGAUCACACCUUUUUGCCAAUGUUAUAAUGUCUUUUAAGCGGGUUUCUUUUCCUCGGUUUAACCAUGACUGCCAGUUUGUUUUACGUUUGUUUCGAUUGUUUUGCGAAGCUGAGUAGCAGCAGCAAAUUAACGUUGAUCCGGGGAGUUUUUUGUUCUCUGGUCGUUGCCAAAACCGAUGCAGGGCGGGGCGGGGCGGCGGGGGGUUGAAUUAAAAGCCGACUCGUUCCCCUCGCGCUGUAAAGAUGAAUUCAGGCUGAUUCAGUGACUUUUCGGUCUGUCUUUUGACUUUUGUCAGAAAUUGCAGAUUGGUUGUCAGAAUCAGAUCAGAAAGAAUACGACUGCCACCCAGAACUCCUUGUUCUGCUUCUUUUUGUUUUAUUUUAUUUUUUUUUUAUUUUUUUUACGAGAUGUUGGGAACAUUUUGGGAAUGCCGCCGCAAAACUGGAUCACGUCGGCUUAAGCCAGCCGGGCAGCUGCUGUUCAAAGUCAGGCCAGCAUUCGAUUACAGAAAUUAUGGAAAGACGUGUCGAGUAAGCUCUGAUUCUGUAGCACAUGCAAUAGAAGACAUGUCGGCCUAACAGCGACAGUUUGCGGAUAAGUUUUCACCCGACUAAAAAUAAUGACUUCCCUCGUUGCUCAUCAGCUGUUAUCGGACAUUGAUUGUGAUUUUUAUUUUAUUUUUUUUUAAUCAUUAUUGUUUUGUUGCAGUUCCUUUCGGGUGUACUAAUCCUCGCAUUUUGACAAAGUUGCCAACCCAGUAUCAGUUUGUGUCUGUUGUCUGCCACGUCCACUGGACUGACACACCUUUUUUGUUUUUUUGUUUUUUUUGUAUGCUAACCUCUGUUGAUAAAAAUGUUUAUAAGAUUUAUUUUCGCCAAAGAUAUGCAAUUGCAUUAUAUAUGGUAUUACGGAAAUAUUAAUAAAAUCCUCUUCUUGUUACGGCC